UCAGCUAAACGCGUUUGUAUAGACAUAAGUUGGGCAUGUAUCGACCUGGAACAACACAUGAACAACAAUAGAACAAUGGUGACCAGUCACAAAGUGUCAAAAUGUAGCCAAUCAGAGAUGGCCUUGCGUCUCCUGGAACGCUUGCAACUCUGAUGUCAUCAUUUAUCCUCUAUUCAUCUAUACUGUGUUCAGAAACCGCCAGACCUUGACACUCUGCAAUAAAGGAUAAUAUAAAACAGGUUGUGGAAAAGCGUCGAGCUGUUUUCAAGCCGAGUGUGCCAACCAUACGCUUUGAGUUUACAAUGAGCGAGGAACAUUCACCCGAUGGCACCGGAGAAGAAAAAGUUGACGCUCAAGCCGUCUUUGAAAAGAUUUCGGACAAGAAUGAAGAAGAUACAUGCAUAUACGCCCGUUACUCCGAGACAAGUGAACAGUAUGAUAUGACUGUGGUUGUUCAUAACUAUAAUGGCCCAAGGGAGACGGCUGCCAUUGCUGCUGAAUGCUUCACAACAAACAGAGACAAUGUGUAUAUCUUGGAUGUAGCUGCUGGCACUGGUCUUUGUGCUGUCGAGCUUCGCAAACAUGGGUUCCUGAAGAUGGAUGCCAUGGAUGCAAGUCCCGGUAUGCUGGACAGAGCAAAAGAGAAGGGGUUGUAUGACCGUUACACUGUUGGCAUUUUAGGAGAAAACACGCUUGAUACUUUAACAGAUACGUACGACGCUAUUGUGAUGUGUGGAUUCAGCAUCGAAAUAAUGCAAAGAUUACCUAUCAUAGCUUUUGAAGAACUGAUCAGGAUUGUCAAAAAAGGUGGCUACAUCAUCAACACCGGUUGGGCCACUAUGUUUUCUGAUGACGAUGCAAAAUCAGAAGAUCUGAGAAGAAAAUUUAAAAUAUUGGAAGAACAGGGCAAAUGGAAGCUUGUACAACUGAAACGUUUUCAUAAUUAUUUCAAAGGAUAUGAUGGCACUGUUAGUGUUCAUAUGAUCUGCACCUGAUCUAUUGCACCAUAUUUCAAAGAUUAAGUGUUGUUUGUAGUUCUGACUACGUUUUUGCCUUUCUUAAAUCCUAAGAAUACAAACUUUUUCUUGGCAAUUGAUAAUUAAGGGAGUCCUCCCAGUGAAAAGCAUAGACAUUCUUUAAAACGAAUGAAGAGUACAACAGCAUGGUGGUCAGAUGUUUCCUGUCAAGUCAGCAUAACCUGUACAUUGAUAGACGCUGAAAUUCAGCCUCUUGUCCACACUGAGGAUAACGUCGGGGACCCUAUUCGUCAUAUAUAUGUAAUUGGUUAAUAUAAAAAUUGCAAGUUAUUACGUGAUAUUUUAUUGGCUAACCAGGCAUUUGAUUUGCUUUUAUGUUUCCAUGAACCGAAAAUUAUUCCACGGCUACUUACGGAUUGCUGUUUCCAGAACGGCUGAUAAUAUAUAGAAUAGGGUGGGGGUUGUAUUGCACCACUGUUUUGAAUAAUGUCACUGGUUUUGUAUUGUUGUCUAUUGUUUCGUAUUGUUUUAUAUUAUUGUGUUAAUAAUUAAAUAAGAAGUAUUCGUGAGAGAAUAUAGAAGAUUGAUAUUUCCACUUUUUUGCCUUGUUUCACAAAUUUGCAGUUGUAGCUCACGUGAAAUACAGAUAUGUCACUCCUUUGAUUUAAAUCCUUUCACCUUG